UAUGGCGAUGGAUAUCGGAGAGAAUACCGGCGAGAUAAUCAACAGAUCCGGUUACGGUGGUUCCAUUCCUGUUGCUAAUGUUCAAGCGCUUGCUUCUGAGGAAAUGAAAGACAUUCCGAUUCGGUAUGUUAGACCGGAAAUCCAGUCCGAGGAGGUUUUAACGGACGAAUCUCUGCAAGUUCCAGUGAUCGACUUCAGCAAACUUUCGGUCGCCGGAAAACCUGGUUAUGAUGAUGAAUUGGCUAAACUGCAUGUUGCUUGUAGAGAUUGGGGAUUUUUCCAGUUGAUAAAUCAUGGAGUAUUAGAACGCAUAGAUGCAAUGAAGAAGGUUAUAGAGAAGUUCUUCAAGCUGCCGUUAGAGGAGAAGAUGAAAUAUGCACAGAUUCCAGGUAUGCUUGAAGGUUAUGGUCAAGCAUUUGUUGUUUCUGAGGAUCAAAAACUCGAUUGGGGUGACAUGCUCUUUCUCGUGCCCUUGCCCGUCGAUCAAAGAAACACGAGAUUUUGGCCUCAAAAUCCGACUUCAUUCAGGACAACCUUCCAUGAAUACUCGAACGAGCUUAAUGGCGUUUCGAAGGAACUUUUGAAGUUCAUGUCUAUAAACCUAGGAAUGGAACCCGAUGCAAUUAACAAAUUGUAUGAGAAUUGCGUACAAAGUAUCAGAAUGAACUACUAUCCACCAUGUCGUGUAGCAGACAAGGUUUUAGGGUUGGCACCGCACUCAGAUGCAACCGGGAUAACCCUUUUGGUUCAAGUUAAUGGAGUUCAAGGGCUACAAAUCAAGAACAACUCGAAAUGGGUGCCAAUUAAGCCCAUUCCUGGAUCGAUUAUCGUCAACAUAGGUGACAUUAUGGAGAUAAUGAGCAAUGGAGAAUAUCGUAGUAUCGAGCAUAGGGUUAUGGUUAACUUGGAAAAGGAGCGGCUUUCGAUCGCGGCUUUUCACGGUCCUGGCCUCGAAGUCAAGAUAGGACCGUUGCCGGAGUUAGUUAAGGAGAAGACGACAAAGUAUAAGACGAUUGAUGGAGAAGAUUAUCUGAGAUUGAUCAUUAGCAGCAAACUUGACGGAAAAAGCCUAAUCGAGCGGAUGAAAAUUCAAGAAUGA